AUGUAUCCUUUGAAAGGUAUAAAGGUUAUUGAAAUAGCUGGAUUGGCUCCAGGACCAUUUGCAGGCAUGGUGCUAGCAGACUUUGGUGCAGACGUGAUCAGAGUAGAUAACCUAUUACCAGGGACCUCCAUAGAUGUAUUAACGAGACACAAGAGAUCGAUAGCAAUAGACUUUAAACAUCCGCAAAGAUAUCAACUCAUCAAACGCCUUAUAUGCACAGCAGAUGUGCUUAUCGAUACAUUUCGACCGGGAGUCAUGGAAAAGUUGAAAUUGGGUCCUGAGUGUAUGCGUAAAGAAAACAACAAGUUGAUAUAUGCCCGAAUCAGUGGAUUUGGACAGAAUGGAAAAUAUUCCAACAUGGCCGGUCAUGACAUCAACUACAUUGCAGUGUCCGGAAUAUUAUCUAUGCUUGGACGACAAAACGAGAAACCGACGUUUCCUUUGAACUUGCUGGCGGAUUUCGCAGGCGGUGGCAUAGUGUGCGUCCUUGGAAUUCUGCUUGCAUUGUUGCACCGAAACAGAACCGGAAACGGACAAGUAAUUGAUGCUGGAAUGACUCAAGGUGUAUCAUACAUAUCGACUUUUCCCUAUAUGCUCAAACAAGCCAAUCUCCAUUUCAUAAAUCCGCGAGGAAAGAAUGCACUUGAUGGCGGUGCUCAUUUUUAUCAAGUAUACGAAACAAAAGAUGGGAAACACAUGGCGGUUGGUGCAUUAGAGCCACAAUUUUACAAAACGCUUGUAGUUCUUCUGAAUCUUGCUCCGGAAUCGCUUCCCGAACAAUAUGACACUUCUUCUUGGCCACAGAUGAAAACUCUGUUUACAUCCGUGUUUCUGUCAAAAACGCGGGCUGAAUGGUGUGAAAUAUUUGACGGGAAAGAUGCAUGCGUUACUCCAGUAGUAGGAAUCGAAGAAGGGGUGGUGACAAUCCCGCCGGCGCCCGCACCUAUAUUAUCAGACUCGCCAGCCUUGUGUACUCGACGGGAUAAGUCUAAGAACGAUGACGGUUCUGCUGACAUAACAAAGCAUAAUGAAAUAACGGCGGAAGAAUUGUUAUUACCACGUGGAAGGGAUAGUAAGAGCAUAUUGAAAGAGCUCGGAUACGCGGAUGAAGAGAUUGAUGAAUUUGUGAAUCGUGGCGUUGUUGGUAUUGCUACGAAGGAGAAUAAGGACAAUUUUAAAUCGAAAUUAUAA